UCGUAAGGAAUUCGUUAACCGAAUUGAAUGUUCUCAUGGAAGGUAAUUCGUUAACCAAGGGAUCACUGUGAUAUUUAUUUACAGAGCCUAUCAGCUGAGAAGAUUGGACAAUUACUUCCAGGGUUCAUCAAGGCAGAUGAAAGAAAUUUACCAAAAGUAGAUGUCUUUAUGAUAGUAGAGUAUUAUCAAGAACUCGGCCAUCCAGCUAUGAAGCACGUUAAAUUACAUCUGUCAUCUGAUAAUCUCAAGCCCAUUCCCUGGCCAUGGUCAUCCCUAGUCCUUCCACAACAUUAAAUAUAGACAUCACUGACGAAAACUUACAUUUUCCAGACAUGAAAUGGAGAACAGUGAUGAAAACUUCCAUGUUGGAGUUAUCGGUCUUUUGCAUUAUUUUAGCACCAAGCAAGUAAAUACACACGAUACUUGAGCAGUAAUUUAUUUUAAUCUAAAAUUAAGGUAUGCCUGUUUAUAUCAACAUUGUAUAUGGCCACAAGUCCUGUAUUUCUGCUGGUAACAACACAUACACCACAGCUGGCUGGGUGGCUCCCACUAGUCAGUGACAUCACAACCAAUCACAGCUUUUCGCAGUCACAUGACUUUUUAUCAACUUUAACCCUUAUUUUUUUUUACGGUUUUUGGCCUAAUAUAUUUAAAAAUAUCAUUACUGUUACUGCCCAUGAGAAGAACCAGGAGAUGUUUAAGUUUUGGCAGUUACUGAGUAGUGAAUAGUGAAGGUGUUGAGAAAGGUAAUGAGUGGAGGUGCCAGGCAUGUGUUUACAGAAGGGAGACGCUGGAAUUUGCUGAUCUGUUAAUAAGAAAAAGACGACGCCUGGUGCCUCGGUGGUUUCCUCUGCUGUGAGGGUCAGUAAACGCUUUGGAGCCAUACAGGGAACACCCCUAUCUCUCCUUAAGACCCUUACACUUAAGUCUGUUUACGGAACAUUAGUGCAUACAUGAGAUCCCACCAUUGUAUUAGUGUGAUAUCAAAAUGAUGUUUACUUACGAGAAGGUUUCAUCUGUCAGUCUCACACAGGCAGAAAGAAUGGCCAAACGACGAGAUUUGAAAUUGGUUAAGGUUGAGGAUCCCUCAUUGAAGAGUCAAGAUAAACAAGUUUACAAGUUAAUGACGGGUAAACAAUAUUUUGAAGAGGAGGUGAAGGCCAAGAAAAGCUCCAAAUCAUCACCAUCUUCAAAGGGAGAAAAAAUACUGACAAUGUCUGGGAAGAUUGCUGCACAUGACUUGAAACCAAAACUUCAAAGCAUCCAUAAGUGGUUGGAUAAAGGACACCAAAUCAGAGUUACAGUGACAUCUAGAGGAGCAACAAAAGGAGACUUGGAAAGUGUUUAUGGGACAAUAGAACAAGAGGUUAAGAGCAACAAAGGUCGUGUCUUACAGCUACGAGAAAAGUUUGGAGAUUUUAAAUUUACCAUCGUUCCGUCCAAAGUGGAAAAGACCUCAAACCAGACUCUCGGUGAAUCUUCAGAAAGGACUCAUGAUAGUGAUCAUAAUGUGACUCAUUAAGCUUCAGAACCAAUGAAGAGUUAAGUUUUAGUUGGUGUACUGUAUAUGUUACAACUGUUGCUAACAUAGUACAGUACUUUAGUUCAAAUUAGUUAUGAGAGAAGCUCGUUAAUUGUUGAAUAUUACUUUGUAAUUUAAAUAUCUAUGACGCAGCUCUAUAACCAUACCAGGAAAGUUUUUAAAGCAGGAAGAUGCCAGUAAUAGUUUAAAUGUCAAAUGUUCUGUUAAUAACCUCGGUUCAUAAAACUGUCUGGAUCAGUGAUAUUAGAUGUCACAAUACAGAGUUCUAUCUCUCAUAAUUUGUAAUGUUGUUGGACUAGUGUAUUACUAAUCUGGCUCACACUUAAAGACCUUCGUUGUUCAAGCGCAGUUAUAACAUUAUAAAACAACAAUAUAUCAUUGAAAGUAUACUGUACUGUACUGUAAUUGAAUAAGUUAAUAAUAAAACUGAAAUGGU